AUGGUGGAUGCGUAUCAAGAAGUCGUUGACAAAUUGUGCCAAAUCCAUGCAGAUGACGUCGAAAAGUGUACGGAAAUCCUGGACAUUCUAGCGAUCGAAGAUGCGAAAUGCGGGAGAAGAGUGAAUUCUGCAAAGUGGAGAAUGCUGAAGAACCUCAUCGCCUUUGAUCAGCCAUUCAAGUCUUAUUCCGAGAAGCUCGUUCUGUCAGCCGAUAAAAAAAAGCCGACCGUCUCGACCACCAGCGCCGUUGGGUCAAACUAUGGAUGCGUUACAAAUCUGAGAAAACGGAAAAUCAAUCCAGAAUCUCAAGAAAUCUCUGUUGAUGGUGAUUUGGCUGCUUCGAUUAGACGAUACGCUUUCUACUACUAUGUAAUGGACAAUUACAAGAGAAGUGCAAUUCCGUUGACUCCAAGACUUGCGGCAACUUUUCGUCACAGAGAUAACAUAUUUAUCGAAAUUGGAGAUGAAAUUAUAAUCCAUUCUUGGUCCGACAAACAGCUAAAAGCUUUAACUCGUGUUGUGAAAAUCAUUGAGGAACUGGACACAAUCAUCUUGGAAUCGGACAGAGUAGAGUUUUGUGAUAAAGAUCUAAUUGCUAAUGCAACUAUUCCUCGAAAGGGAAUGCAAUACCUGCUGAUGGGAUAUUCGAUUCUUCAUGAAAAGACAAGCCAUCAGUCGCUUUCAACUGGAAUUAUCGUUAGUGAUGCGACUCGAAGAUUGCGAUAUAUGGGAUCAAGCGGCUCAUUCAAAGGAGAUAGCGGUGGCAGCUGUUGGGAUGAAAACGGGCAACUGAUAGGAAUGCAAAUAGAGGUAGAAAAGGUACCACACACGAAAGAUGACAAAGGACGACCAGCAUCUCCUGCAUCAGGAGGUCGUUGCUGCAUUGUGGCGAUGCGUGAUAUAUUCGGGCACAUUCAGGAUUUAUUGCCACCGGACUCUGAUGUGGACUGGACUGAAUGA